CGUCACAGCAUGGAUCUGGUAACAUCACCGCCCACGCAGGCCCCAACGGUGGCCUCCACUGCUCCCUAUGGCCGAAGCACCACCACCACCACCACCACCACCAGUGCGAUCACCGCCUUCCCUGGCUCGGACAACUAUCCAGUCUUCCCUAAUGGCAAAUACCUGUCCAAAUUCUAUCUCGUCUCGGGCCAGUACUCCGGCCUAACCGACCUAGAUUACCACCUCUACAAUGUCUGCUAUCUGCCCUACCGCCCCUUCGAUGUCGGGACAUCGUUUGGCAUCGACAAGAGACGGGUGUCCCAUACAGACUCCAAUGCACCGCGCCCAACGUAUUUGAUUAACGACCCGCCAUGCAAGCGGCAAGCGGCAAUCAAUGCCAACUGCCACUUCAAAAAUACCAACGGCACACGUUCUCAGGCUUGGAGCCCUAUACCAACGAUUUUGACGUACAACAGCAAUGUUACUGCGAGAAGUAUCCCUUUUUUGACUCUGCUCUUGGAUGUCCCAGCACCAGCUGAGUUCUUUGACUUUAUAAAGGCGUGGGCGAAGACGGACCCCGCUGCAACUCUGCAAAGCACCACUGCAUCAACUAUCCUUGGUACGCAAACUGAUGCCAGUCUGUACUACACAUACGCUGCUGCUUCUACUACCAGUCCAAGCAGUGCUGUUCCAGCUAAGCCUCCGGGCCUAAGAAAGAUACUGCUUGCUGCCCUAGCUGUAGGAGUUGCGCUUUACCGAUGA